AUGGUUUCUUUCAAGGUUUCCAACAUCCUGGCCCUCGCCGCCGCCGUUGCCGCCGCGCCUACUGAGCUUCUUCAGUCCCGCGCCGUUGUAGCCCACGACUCCAUCAGUCCCGUCGCUCAGAGAAUCCAGACUGGCGGCCUCGGCAAGAUCAUCGAGACCUUCAACCCCCUGCUUCACAUCGCCCACGGUUGCCAGCCGUACCCCGCCGUCGCCGACAACGGUGACACCAGCGGCGGUCUCCAGGACACCGGCAGCUCCACCGGCGGCUGCCGCGACCAAGCCAAGGGUCAGACCUAUGCCCGCGCCGGCACAGUCGACGGCAAGACGGUCAUCAUGUACUCUUGGUACUUCCCCAAGGACCAACCCACCAGCGGUGACGUCGCCGGAGGCCACCGCCACGACUGGGAGAACAUUGUCAUCCAGGUCGACGACCCGGCCGCGGCUACCCCCAAGAUCACCGGCGGCGCUGCCUCCAGCCACAGCGGCUACAGCAAGGCCAACGGCGCUCCUCUCAUGGACGGCAACAGCCCCAAGGUUGAAUACUUCACCACCUUCCCGACCAACCACGAGCUCCAGUUCACCCAGACCCAGGGCAAGACCUACCCCAUCUCCGACUGGGAUGCUCUCCCCGCCGCCGCCAAGACUGCUCUUCAGAACGCCGACUUCGGAAAGGCCAACGUUCCCUUCAAGGAUGGCAGCUUCGAGAGCAAGGUCCGCGACGCUCUCCAAUAG